AUAUAAAAAGUACGGGCCUUCAAACAGACUGCAGUAACUAUACAAUCAUGGUUGUAGCUGCAGACGAAACAGAGUCGGAAAACCCUGGCCCUCUUCCGCGCAAGUUGUCUGGGCCGCUAGCCAUGCGGCGGUCAAGUGCGGGAGAAGCUGAAGACUCUUUCGAUGAAAGCGCCAUGCUGAACCGGUUCGCAGCCCAGAGCAGAGGAGGGCCGAUGCGCCGGCAAAGCUACGCGGGCUACAGAACAGCUCCUCCUGUUGAAUUGCUUGGAGGGAUGCGUCAAAGGGGACGUCGUAUGUCGGAGGGGAGUAUGCUCCCGAGGUUAUCCUUGGCGAGCAAGCGGGAUCGAGAUAUGAGAAAAGUGUGUGAUGAGAUGGAAGUUGGAAGCCGAAAGGCGGAGGAAGAGAUCACGACAUUUAAACAUGACUUGGAAUCUUUGGGUUCUACGUGUAUAAACAUGACCAAACGCAUCGACCGACUCAUCGAAGCUUCCAAUGAUCUUCGCAACUCACACCGCCACAUACUCACCGGUCGAUACAAUACAGACGGGGAAUAUGGCAUGUACGGCCGAGGCCAGUACCAGGGCAGCCGAAGGGGAAGCGUUAAGAGGAAGACAAGUCAACAGCAAUCUGCCUUCUAAGUCCUUUUAUGGAGAGAUUUCGUCACCAGCUGUGGUUAUGGGUUAUAUGGGAUCCACCUUUUAUCUACUAUCCAUUUUUAAGAAAUAACAAUAGUUAUAUCUCUAAAUAUUCUAUUUAUGUGUUUUUGGAACUCAAAUUCUGAGUUGAGAAUUGUUUGUCGAAGCGAUGAUUGCUGAUCGUGAUAGACCCUUUAAACCAUGCAGCUGCAACCGCUGAUAGGGCAGAUGUGCGGCGGCCUUUAACCCAUUCUGCUGCAGCCCUUAAGAAAAAGUCUUAAUAAUAGCAGAGUCGUUUGUUUCUUUGAGUCCACUCUACACCAGUUGGGCCAGGAAUCAAGCAAGCUGGAGACCCAGCGGUCUUAGCGGGCGCUCACAACCACAAACGUCUUCUGUGGCCGAAGAAGGCUUUGGAUCUUCGAGCAUGGGAGAGCACUUUUCAAAGAUCGAAAUGCAAACCAUAAGAGUUAGACUCUUGAAGGACAAGGACCACAUCUAACCGAAGACCAUUUCAAUAACAAAUUACAUCGCUAAGCGAUUAGUUUUAUCAUAGUAGGAAAUAUUCUUAGCCGCGUAGUCAAGGCGCGAGUAAGAUUUGAACAAGAGGACUCUCGUCUCCGCGAGAGUAAACCAUUACCGCCUUGAAAUAUAGUUUCUGUCACACAGAUUGUUGCAUCCGAGAAUGUAAAGAUAUAUAAUCAUGGCUGUAAGGUGAUAAUAAUGUCGGAAUAAAAAUAGACCUUGGUAA